GAUCAGGAGAUGCUGCAGACUACAACUCACAACCAGCAGCACCAAAGACACAUCAAGAAUCUUGUUCUCCGAGUAGCACACACAAGUAACAAGUUAGCUAGUGAGAGAGGGAGAGGGAGAAAGAGAGACUGAAUUUGUGAUGGAGGUGACCGCCAACCACACGCAGGACGUGAGCGGGUGGGCGGCCAUGGACGAGUCCGGCACGAUGGUGCCCUACGCCUUCAAGCGGAGGGAGAACGGCGUGGACGACGUGACCAUCAAGGUGCUCUACUGCGGCAUGUGCCACACCGACCUCCACUUCAUCAACAACGACUGGGGCAUCACCAUGUACCCCGUCGUGCCCGGCCACGAGAUCACCGGCGUCGUCACCAAGGUCGGCUCCAACGUCUCCGGCUUCCGGCCCGGCGACCGCGUCGGCGUGGGCUGCAUCGCCGCCUCCUGCCUCGACUGCGAGCAGUGCGACAGCUCCCAGGAGAACUACUGCGACAAGGUCGCGCUCACCUACAACGGCGUCUUCUGGGACGGCAGCAUCACCUACGGCGGCUACUCCAGCAUGUACGUGGCGCACAAGAGGUUCGUGGUGCGGAUCCCGGACAGCCUGCCGCUGGACGCGGCGGCGCCGCUGCUGUGCGCCGGGAUCACGGUGUACACCCCGAUGAAGAAACACGGGAUGCUGCAGGCCGCCGGCAGGAGGCUCGGGGUGGUUGGGCUGGGCGGGCUGGGCCACAUCGCCGUCAAGUUCGGCAAGGCGUUCGGGCUGCACGUCACGGUGAUCAGCACGUCGCCGGCCAAGGAGCAGGAGGCCAGGGAGAACCUCAAGGCCGAUGACUUCAUCAUCAGCACCGACGACAAGCAGAUGCAGGCUAUGGCGAGGAAGCUUGACUACGUGAUCGACACAGUCCCGGCGGCGCACUCGCUGGGACCAAUCCUGGAGCUGCUCAAGGUGAACGGCAAGCUGGCCCUCGUCGCCGCUCCGGACGGCCCCCUCGAACUCCCUUCCUUCCCGCUUAUCUUCGGGAACAGGACCAUCAGUGGGAGCAUAACGGGGGGAAUGAACGACCAUCAGGAGAUGAUGGACCUGUGCGGCGAGCACAACAUCACCUGCGACAUCGAGCUCGUCUCCAACGACGGGAUCAACAACGCGUUCGCCAGGCUCGCGCGCAACGACGUCCGCUACCGUUUCGUCAUCGACAUUGCGCGGGGUGACUCCAGGUUCUAGCUAGUUUUGUUGCUCAUCUGGGUCAGAAUGAAAUGGUACCUGUUUGAGUUCAGUGAUGGAUCUUGAAUUAGUAGCGAGACGUGAGAAAACUGUAUGUCGUCCUCCUGUUGGCUAUGAUGUCCCUUGUAUGCAAUUUAGUUUUGCAUCAUUGAGUUUUCAUCUAUUUAUUUUUCAACAAUGUACCUUUUGUAAUAUUUGGUUAACUGGGUUGUAUGUCAACACAGCUGCCUAGUAACAAAACGGAAAUAUGAAGAUGGGCUAAAUUUCUAUGCAAAAGAAUA